AAAAAAAAAAAAAGAAUCUUAAAUUUGAUUCACAUCAAAUUAAAAGGUGUGUGCAUUUUACAUUUUGGUAGUGCCAAAUGUUGCAUGAAUUUGCACCCUACCUGCAGUGUGUGAUGUCUGAUCCUGGAGGCAGUUCCCUACUUUCAGGGGGGAGUAGAAACAAAUUCCCCCCCAAGAGAUCUUCAUUCCCCUCUCAGCAGGAGCAAGACCUGGCUUUUGCUUCUUUGAAGAAGCAAUUUAUGCGUUUAGCUCUUACAAAAGAAUAACAAGGCAUUUUUAAGUAUAAGGAAUGGAGUAGAAUUAAAAAAAAAAAAAAAACUCCAGGGCUCUGGGACACCGAAGGAGGGGAGAUUAGGACCCUAAGACUGGCCUACAGGCCUUGUGCUUAUCAUGCCUGUUGGUGCUUAUCAUACCUGUGGCCCAGGUAAUUUGGGGCUGGGUAGGCCUCUUCUGCACUGAGGGUCUUUGAGCAGCAUGUGGAUUAGUGGGUUUGAGAUGCUGCACGGUACUAGUGUAGCCUCUGCACCUUGUUUUCCACUUCAGAGGCUGUCAGGGAAACAAAGUGGCUGAUGCCCAUUCCCCUCAUACACGUGUCAGAGGGUCACAAUCUGGUUCCAGAGUCCUGUGCCUGCCUGAGACAUAACUGAGGAAAGGUGGGGAGUUGACCGUGGCGUUUGGGGAAUCCGUAUUGGGUGAGGAUGGCAAUCAAAGCUGUGAGCCAUGAGUAGAGGGAAAAAACACUUCUUUGCUACCACUUCUGACCCGGUUUUUACCGCAUUGGACAAAUGCCCUGCAUCCCUUUGCAACCCUUGCAACCACUGGAAAGCUUCCAGCCCCUCUGCUUUUUCAUGGCAAGGUGCCACUACUUCUUGCUCUUCCGGAAGUGCUGCUUUCUUUAUCUCACCUGACCUGAUGGCAGAGCAGGAGCCAGCCAGAGCUGGCCGUCCCAGCGUCCGAUUCAGAGGCUCUGACUGGAGCUUGCUCUUCCGGGCAGAGCCCCUGGGCGCUGCUCUUCCCACCUCCGCAGGGAUGCCCGCUCAUCCACCCCAAGGCUGGGUGGCAGUCUCAGCUCUCCCAAGCAGUCGUCCUGGGCUGACCUGGGCCACACUUUGCUCUGUCCCCCGACCCCAAGCAGCCCCUUAUGGGCAGCAUUUAUUUGGCACUUAGGAGCUGUCUGAUUAAUUUUUUGUUAAAAGGAUAGUAAUGCGUGAGCUCUUUGAGGGCCAAAGCCAUGUCUCGCCAGCUUCGUAUCUUCCAGAGUACUUGAUAAGGUGCUUGUUUACAUGGAUGGCCUCUUUUUUAAAAAGAUUGCUGAAUUAUGAGUCUCAGAAAAUUAUUUUUAAUAAGUUUCAUUUUCUGUAUUGGGAUUCCUGAGAUUCCUAUUCUGUGAGCUGUCAUUUUCUCUGAUCUCUGGUCACUGUGAUUUCAUGAACUUGACUGUGCCACAAUUUAUUUUGGCAUCUGAAUUCCUUAGAUAUGAGGAGAGCCACACUGUGGACUUUCUGUUUGUAACUUUUUUCUCUUCUUGCCUGCUCCUGUCCUUGUGUACUGUUGUUUGUGCCUAGAAUUGACUGUAGUUACAGGCUUCGCUACCAGCUGCCUCUGGGCCUAAUUCAGACUGACACCUUUGUCCAGGUUCACGCUGCAAGUAAAUCCCAGCGUGGAUGCUUCAGUGGAAGCUGGCCAGGUCAAAGGCAGAGCCACAGAGCCUUGCACAUGACGACUUGGUCUUCCGUAGGAAGUGAUAGGUCGGGAUUCACCUGCUGGGAUCUUUCAGUCCCUGGAAUGUGUGUGUAUGUGUAUUUGCAUAAAAACCAGUGAUGUUACCUCAAGAUAAGGGGUAUACCUCUUAGGACUGCAAAGUACUGUGAGAACAUUCACAGUAUAAGUUAUUACUACUGAAAAGCAAGAGCUUAAUUUCGUGUACACAUGAAAUCCCUGGGAGCAAGGUGGUGUGUGACCAGAUGGCAAAAUGCAUGAUACAAAUGCAGAGAAGACAGUAGACUCAGAAGGAGUCCAGAAGACAGUGGACUCAGAACUCAGAAGAGCUUCAGUGCUAUAGUACAUGUAAAAUGAGCCAGGAGCUCGGCUGAAGUAACUGGGGAGUCCUGCUCUGUGAUGGGUGGCGAAGAAGAGCCCUCAAACAAGAAGAAAGACGCAAAGGAAGUGGGCCCGAGCACCCUGGGGCGCCAGGGAGGAGAGGUGGGACAGCUCACCGCACAGUGAGAGGCAAGAAAACAGGAGGCCAAGCCACGUGUGGCAUUGGGAUGCUCAGUCCACAUUUUUGUUGAAAACUUGUGUCCUUGACAGUGCUGUCAUCUAAACUGAAUGAAAAAAGAAAAAAAAAAGUAUAAUUAAGAAGUAAAAAAAAAAAAGAAAAGAAAACUUGUGUUCUUUUACAGCUUAAAGCAAAAAUUUUAUAAUUUUUCAAAGACUUGGUAUGAUUCUUUUAAAUGAGUACCACCAUCUUGACACUAAAGUAAAAUUGUUCAUGCUAUGGCUGUUUCUUAAAAGACACAGGCUGGAAUGUAGAGCCAGAGUAUUCGGGUCAGGCCUGGUGGCACUGCCUGGUGAUGAAGAAGUCUAUCCGAGUUCCCCAGGUGGGCCCAGCCCCCAUGGCAUGGCACCGGGCAGGGCUUGCAGAGGGGUGGGUGCCUCUGUUAGUGAUUUCCUAAUGGCAGAAGACUAGAAAGGAGGGAAGGCAGGGGGGAGUUUUUAGGGUUCCCCUCUUUGUUGUUUAUCUAGAACAGUAGUUCUUAACCAGGGCAGUUUCAGCCCCUAGGGCACAUUUGGCAAUGUCUGGGGACAUUUUUAGUUGUCACAGUUGGUUGUAGGGAAGAGGUGAUGGCCGUGGGGGUGCUACUGGCAUCUCGCGGGUAGAUGCAGGGAUGCAGCUAAACACCCUACAAUGCACGGGGAAGCCCCCACAGCGAAGCAUGAUCGCCAAACGUCAGUGCUGCCCUGGUCUACCACAAUGAUUUAUUUUUGUUUUUCCUCCUUACUUAUUUUAUAACUGUUUAAAAAACCUAUGUCUCUUCCCUUGUUGGUGAAACAUACUGUAUUUCUCAGUGUGGUCUGCAGUCACCUUGUGUUCUGUUUAAUGUGGGGAGGCUGGCCCUGUGGAGCUUGUGCUGUGGGGACUGGGGUCCUAUAUCUGUGUGUUUAACAAGUGCUCUUGGUGAUUCUUGAGGCCUCAGAAGCUUGGAGCUGCUGCACUCAGGUUGUGGCUGUGUUUCUUGUCCCCAGCCAUCUUACAUUGUCACCCCCAAAAUCCACUUGCCUAACUUAUCCCAACCAGAGUGUCCUCAAAGGUGAUGCUGCAGCCUCUGGUGGAGAAAGCCCUGUGGGCGGGUGGAGAUAUCACACUGAAUGAUACCACACUGAGUAGGAGGGUAGUCCUAAAAGGGCUUGAGCAGUGAACAUGGAGAUGGAGGGCAUGGGGCUCCCCGGAGGAGGGGUGCAGAGGACAGUGCCUCCGGAACCCCUCCAAGAUGGUGUUGGAGCAGUCUGGUCAGCCACUUUGCCUGCUGACCUGGUGCAGAGCAGUGACAAGGGCUGGGCUUUUGUGCCUUGGUGACAGAGCAUCCACUCCCCAGAUCUGGCCUCUUGUGUAUCCAUGCGGUGAGGAGAGGGCAUCUUGAGUAAGGGUUAACAUCCUUCCAGUGAGGGCAGCCAUCAGGGUUUAGCUUCUAAGGGGGAGAAGAAAGCCCGUGGAGCCUGGGAGCAAAUGCUGGUGGUGCUUCCCCUCCCCCAGGCCGGGAAUGGGGGUAGUAGGAGGGGCGGGCUGUGAUCGCAUUCAUGGACGCGAGCAGCACACACUCGCGUCAGCCUCGGCUGCAGCUCCGCGCGCCCAGCUCCCCGCUCCAGCCAGCCUUCCCUGCCAGGCUCAGCGCAUUUACACCCGGGGCUCGGCUUUUGUUUCUUCUGGACACCUCCUUCUCUGGCCUUGCCGUGCUGGCACACACAUGCUGUCCUUGCUCCUGAUCUCCCUGCACCUAGAGCUGUGGGAGCUCCCGGCAGCCUGGGACUGUGGCAUCGCUGCACAGAGCCACCAUGGCCUCUGACGUGGAGCACUGCGACCUGCCGAGGCUUUGAUGUUGCUGCCCGGGGCUUGCCAGGACACAGGGGCCGUAGGAGAGGGGACUCGCUGUGGUUCCCAGUGACCUGACUGCCGAGGAGCGGCAAGAGCUGGAGAACAUCCGACGACGCAAGCAGGAGCUGCUGGCCGACAUUCAGAGGCUGAAGGAUGAGAUAGCAGAAGUAGCUAAUGAAAUUGAAAACCUGGGAUCCACAGAAGAAAGGAAAAACAUGCAGAGGAACAAACAGGUAGCCAUGGGCAGGAAAAAAUUUAACAUGGACCCUAAGAAGGGGAUCCAGUUCUUAAUAGAGAACGAUCUGCUAAAGAACACGUGUGAAGACAUCGCCCAGUUCUUGUACAAAGGCGAAGGGCUCAACAAGACAGCCAUCGGGGACUACCUUGGAGAGAGAGAUGAGUUUAACAUCCAGGUUCUGCAUGCAUUUGUGGAGUUGCACGAGUUUACCGACCUUAACCUCGUCCAGGCGCUACGGCAGUUCCUGUGGAGCUUCCGGCUGCCAGGGGAGGCCCAGAAGAUCGACCGGAUGAUGGAGGCAUUCGCCCAACGCUACUGUCAGUGCAAUAAUGGAGUGUUCCAGUCCACGGACACUUGUUACGUCCUCUCCUUUGCCAUCAUCAUGUUGAACACCAGCCUGCACAACCCCAAUGUCAAAGAUAAGCCCACCGUGGAGAGGUUCAUCGCCAUGAACCGAGGCAUCAACGAUGGGGGAGACCUGCCUGAGGAGCUGCUCCGGAAUCUGUAUGAGAGCAUAAAAAACGAACCCUUUAAAAUCCCGGAAGAUGAUGGGAAUGACCUCACGCACACUUUCUUCAACCCCGACCGAGAAGGCUGGCUGUUGAAACUCGGAGGUGGCAGGGUAAAGACUUGGAAAAGACGCUGGUUCAUUCUGACCGACAACUGCCUUUACUACUUUGAAUAUACCACGGAUAAGGAGCCCCGUGGCAUUAUCCCUUUAGAGAAUCUGAGUAUCCGGGAAGUGGAGGACUCAAAAAAACCAAACUGCUUUGAGCUGUACAUCCCUGACAACAAAGACCAAGUGAUCAAGGCCUGCAAGACCGAGGCGGACGGGCGCGUGGUGGAGGGAAACCACACCGUGUACCGCAUCUCAGCCCCCACACCCGAGGAGAAGGAGGAGUGGAUCAAGUGCAUUAAAGCAGCCAUCAGCAGGGACCCUUUCUACGAGAUGCUUGCAGCACGGAAAAAGAAGGUCUCCUCCACGAAAAGACACUGAGUGCAGCCCAGGGCGUGAGCCGCGAUGCCUGCGGAGCCCGGCCCUGUCUCCGGCCUCCACUGAGGGGCGCCACUGAGGGGCGUCCUCUCCGCCGGGCCCUGCCCCGAAUUCCUAGAGACUAGCUUCAGCUUUUGCUAUUUUUUUUUUAAAUGGGAGAAGGGUGGGCAGUUAUUACCGGGAAGAGGGGCCUGCCGCCUGUCCAGCAUGGGUUCCUGAACCUUCUCUCUCAGCAGAGCAGAGCUGCUGUCGGCAGAGCAGCCUCCUGCCAGCCUCCUGCCAGCCUCCUGCUCAGCGGGUCUGAUAGCAGAGCUCAGAGCAGAACGUUUACCUCUUGGUGGUUUCCCCACGAAGAGCCUUCACCCCUGCACCAUAAAUACAUGUAUUGAUACAUUAUUCUAUGUUAAGAAAAUGGUGGAAAGGAAAAGAAGCCACGUACUAUAAAGAUCUAUUUUUUUUUUUUUUUAAAGAACAUAGCACUGUUCGGGUGCAUUCUGCCCUGCCCGGUUUGGGGAGCCUCACCCUAGAGAAGGGCUCCCUGGGCUGCUGCUGGGGUGUCAGCCUGGGCAGGGCAGGCCGCCCUCCUGUGCUUCAGGAGCCAGGGGGAGCUCGCUGCUGGGUGCUCAUCUGGGCGAGAGGGUGACAGGGAGGGUGACGUAGAGAAGGCAGAGGGUGCUGCAGGCGCAGCGGGAUCUCCAGAUGACGCAGUCAGACUGCGGGGCCUGUUGGCCGGCGCGGUGGCAGCGAGCGGGUGCGGGUCGGCAGCUCCAGCAGAUGCUGUCCCAUCCCAAGUGCCUGCGGGGCGCCAAGGACAGGAGACAAGUGACUAGACGCUUGUGUUGUUGCUCUCCUUCAGAAUCCAAGUUCUUGUUGGGCUUUAAAGUAUAAAGUCAGCAUUUUCCUUGAGCUAAAUACCUAAUAACCAAAACUGUGAGGAAGGUCAUCCCAACAGAGGGUCUGGGAUGACCUGACUGUUCCAUAUUUGGUUUUUCUUCUCUUCCCCAAACUCUAGUCCUCGUUGUAGAGGAAGGAGUAGGUCCUGCCUGAGCCCCUUAGGGCUUCAGCUUUUUCUGCCUCAACUGGCCCUAACUGGACUACUCUGGAAGUUUGGGGGUGGGUCCCCUUGAGGGGAAGCGGGUCUCUGUCUGCUCAGAGGGUGCAGUGGGACGAGAGGGCCAAGCUCAGCCUCUUGGAACCCUUUUCCCCGUGGGGCAUGUGAGCGAGUGGCCCGCCUAGGCCCGCGCUCUCCUGCCGUUCUCUCAGGGACUCUCCAGGGCAGAUCCUGCCACCUGGCCGAGCCAGUCUGGACAGAGCAGGUGGCUGCCGGCCAUCUCCACAUGGCCCUGGACCGGGUUGGCGCAGAGCGCUGCCGCCAGGAGGCAGGUGAGGAGCCACGGGUCUCCGCCGGACUGUGUCGUCGCGGCUCCUUUCGCAGUGGUGAGCACCUCUAGAAAUAGCUUUUGCCAGAGCAGUGGUGGGAGCAGUGUGGGGGACAUUCUGGCACCCCCCUUCAUGUAGAUCCUACCUGGAAUGGCUUCAGGUGCUCUUAGGCCAGAGCUUGUGAGGGUGCCAGAAGAGGGUCUAGGCUGGAAACCAGAACUUUCUGGGUGGGAGAACCAGGGCGGUGCCAGUGAAGUCUGGGUGGCACCAGGGCCAGUGCUGAGCCUGUCUGGCGGCCCGGUCCCUUGCCCUGGUUCUCACAAUACUUCUAGACAGAACGCCCCUGGAUCAGUAUUAGUCUAUUUAUCAGAGGUGUAAAUAAUCCAUGUAUAGUUUUUCUCCUUUUAGAUUAUUUUGUAUUUGUUUAAAAAAAGUUUUGUCAAAAUAUAAAAUAUAAAGAAAUGACUGAAAGUUGUUGACAGGGUUUUUAAAUAAUUAUAAUUAUUCCAAUUGUUUUUGUUUGUUUUUGCCUUGUACACUAGCGCCAAGGAACUGCAGCAAAUAAACUCCAAGUCUGCCCAAGCC